ACUCAUCCGACAUUGGAUUGAGCCCUUUUUAUUUACCUUUUUAUGUUGCCUCAGUCUCUGAUCCCGGGACACCGUGACACGUUCAUGAAUGUUUGUAUCGCACAGAAGACACAACGUGGAUUGCAGUGGGACUCUGAUCAUUUAAAGGUCUGAUUCGCUUGGCUGUCUGAUAGCUCUUUGUUUUCCUCAGUCCUUCGACUAGAAAAAGAAAUCAAGGUGUGUUUUAAUCAUGCCGACCAGCAAGGGUCAGGGAGUCCUUCGCUUUGGUUUGUGUCUCUGGUUGUGUAUAUUCAUACCUUUCUUUAAAGGCUGUACAGGUUGUGCCUCUGAGGAGAGACUCUUCCACAAACUGUUUUCUCAUUAUAACCAGUUCAUCAGGCCUGUGGAAAAUGUUUCUGAUCCCAUCACGGUGUAUUUUGAAGUGGCCAUCACACAGCUGGCCAAUGUGGAUGAAGUAAACCAGAUCAUGGAAACCAAUUUGUGGCUACGUCACAUUUGGAAUGAUUAUAAAUUGCGCUGGGACCCAGUGGAAUAUGAUGGCAUUGAGACCCUCCGUGUUCCUGCGGAUAAGAUCUGGAAGCCCGACAUUGUCCUCUAUAACAAUGCUGUUGGCGACUUCCAAGUCGAAGGCAAGACAAAAGCUCUUCUCAAAUACGAUGGCAUGAUAACCUGGACUCCCCCAGCCAUUUUUAAGAGUUCCUGUCCUAUGGAUAUCACUUUUUUCCCUUUUGAUCAUCAAAAUUGUUCCCUGAAAUUUGGUUCCUGGACAUAUGACAAAGCUGAAAUUGAUCUUCUAAUCAUUGGAUCUAAAGUGGAUAUGAAUGAUUUUUGGGAAAACAGUGAAUGGGAAAUUGUUGACGCUUCUGGCUAUAAGCAUGACAUAAAAUACAACUGUUGUGAAGAGAUAUACACAGAUAUAACCUAUUCUUUUUACAUUAGAAGAUUGCCAAUGUUUUACACCAUUAAUCUGAUCAUCCCCUGUCUCUUUAUUUCAUUUCUAACUGUAUUGGUCUUUUACCUUCCUUCUGACUGUGGUGAAAAAGUGACACUUUGCAUUUCAGUUCUGCUUUCUCUGACUGUGUUUUUGCUGGUAAUCACAGAAACCAUCCCAUCCACAUCUCUUGUGAUCCCACUGGUGGGCGAGUACCUACUGUUCACCAUGAUCUUUGUCACCCUGUCCAUCGUGGUGACCGUAUUUGUGUUGAACAUACACUAUCGCACCCCGACAACACACACCAUGCCCAAGUGGGCGAAGAUGGUUUUCCUCCAGCUGUUACCCCAGAUCCUGAUGAUGAAGAGGCCUCUGGAUAAGACGAGAGAGACAAGUUCUGAUAAAAACCCCAAAGGCGUUCCCAAUAGGCCUCCCAAAGUCAAAUUUCAUAAUCAUAGAGAGCCCAAACUUCUGAAAGAAUGCUGCCACUGUCAUAAAUCAAGUGAGCUUGCGACCAGCAAGAGAAGAUUAAGUCAUCAGCCUUUACGUUGGAUGACCGAAAAUUCAGAGCACUUGCCUGAAGUUGAAGAUGUGAUUAAUAGUGUUCAAUUCAUAGCAGAAAACAUGAAGAACCAAAAUGAAACAAAGGAGGUAGAAGACGACUGGAAAUAUGUGGCCAUGGUGGUGGACAGAGUAUUUCUUUGGAUAUUUAUAAUUGUCUGUGUGUUUGGAACUGCAGGGCUAUUUCUACAGCCACUACUGGGGCACACAGGAAAAUCUUAAGGAUGUAUUUUCCUUUUAUCUUCAGAAACAUAGAUGCUCUAUUUGUUCUAUGUUCCCUACCACAAGGGAAGGGACAUAAAGCUUUCUGCCCAAGUCCCCCAUCAACUGAAGCUGAUGACUAGAUGGAAAAAGAGGAUUUUAUUGCAAAUUAGGGCCCGAAUGCCCUCCUUUGUAGCAGAGAGGAGUAUUUUAAGACGUGUUAACACUGGAGCCCAGAGCUGGCAGCGCUCACAGGCUUCUCCUGUCUGUACAUGUUUGGUUUCCAGGGAUGUGAAUGACCCAUACGCGGCGAAUCAUGUCAUCAACAUCAAGCCACACCAAAAAGAGGUUCUGUUGUACCUCCAGCUUAUGCUGCUUAUCAGCACACUGACACGCCAGCCGUGAAACUCUGGAACUUGGACCUUGCUGACGCUUGCAACGCUUGUGAACUAUUGUAUGCCUGCUUUCUUGUGCCUGUCUCUGUGAUGUAGCUCACACACACCCACAUCAUUUGAUACAUUAAUUGGCAAAAAGCAGGUAGUCAGAGUCUAUCUCAGCAGGCUGUGUUUAUGAGCAUUCAUCUGGCAGGAAACUUGAGUGGGAAGCCAGCACUGUGCUAGGCAUUGCAAGGGUAACAGAAACAGUCCCCAAGCACUUGCAGCUUUUUAGGAAAAGUCAUAAACACCAGGAUCUCCAGGACCAGGUGUCAUGUGGGGAACGUAACUAGAGCAAUCAAAAUCGGAGAACACGAUGCGGAGUGGCGGGCAAACCUGAAGAACCUUUGUUGUGGGUCAAAAGGGUGUCUUUUCUGGUCAACACUUUCCAUUGUUCACUGUAGCUGAGACUGAAAAUAAAAUUAUUUCUUCUCUAAGACAUUGUAGUCUCGUACCUUUUGGAGCAAUUCCUUUUCUGAGAGGGAGAAC